AUGUGUUCCACUACAACGGGAGCUACCUCUCAACUUUUUGCAUCAGCACUAAAUUUACUAGCUGCAACACAGUGUUUCAUACCAGAAAAUGUCCAACCGUAUAAUGACAAUAACGAAAAAUAUGACUUCAUCAUCGUCGGAGGCGGAUCGGCCGGAAGUGUCUUAGCAAAUCGACUAAGUGAAAUAGAAGAGUGGAAAAUAUUACUUCUCGAAGCAGGCCCGGAACCUCCAAUUGAAUCUCAUAUACCAAAUAUGGAUAUUUAUCUCUACAAAUCCAAGUAUGAUUGGCAAUAUUAUACCGAAAAUGAUGGUAUUUACCACCAAUCGUUUAAGACUGGUUCUGUUUACUGGCCUCGUGGCAAAAUGCUUGGUGGAUGUAGCUCGAUCAAUGAAAUGUACUAUAUAAGAGGAAGUGACCAUGACUUCCAGUCUUGGGCGAAUGCUGGAAAUCCAAGUUGGACUCCAGAGAACGUUAAUUACUACUUUAAGAAAGCUGAGAGUUUACAAAAUAUUAAGUUACUAGAAGAUUCUGAUGUGCGAAAUAUAUAUGGAAGAGAUGGCCCACUGGUUGUUAAUAGAUUUAAUAGUACAUAUAAAGAUGUCAUGGAUAAAGUCUUAGAAUCUUUUAAUUUUAUGGGAUUUAAGCAUGUUAAGGAUAUUAAUACAGCAAAUUUUGAAGGAUCGGGAGUAUCCAGUACUUUUAGUGUAACAGCUGCAAAUGGCCGUAGAUACAGCACGUACACAUCUUAUUUAAAGCCAAUUAAAGACAGAAAAAACUUAAAUAUUGUGACAAACGCAUAUGUAACAAAAAUAUUAUUAAAUGAAGAUAAAAAGGCAUAUGGAGUUGAAGUCGAUAUUUUUGGGGUAAAGAAAACAUUUUACGCAAACAUUGAAGUAAUAAUUAGCGCAGGCGCAAUAAAUACUCCACAAUUAUUGAUGCUUUCUGGUAUUGGCCCGAAAGGUCAUUUAGAAUCUAAAAACAUUUCAUGUGUUGAAGAUUUGCCAGGUGUCGGUAAAAAUUUACAUGACCAUAAUGGCAUCUACAUUGCUGUAUAUGGAGAUGAAAAAGGAGAAGAAAAUGAAUUGGAUAAGUCUUUUGAAGUUGCAAAAUACUUGUAUAAUCGAAGUGGACUUCUAGCCCAUAACACCUAUAGUGAUAUUUCGGCUUUUUAUUCUCUUGAUCAAAGUAUGAAAUAUCCAGAAUUUCAGAUUCAUAUAGGAUUUGCUCUACUACAUCCAUCUUCUAGAGGCUCAGUCUAUCUUAACACUUCUAACCCGUAUGAUUACCCAAUAAUAAAUGCUAAUUAUUAUGGCGAGAGUAAAGAUUUACAAGAUACAGUAGAAGGUAUAAAAAUACUUAAAAAGAUAGUGAUAGCCCCCUACUUUAGAUCUAUAAAUGCAUUUAUACCCAAAAUAAAUAUACCUCAGUGUAAUAAAUAUGAUUUCGACAGUGAUUUAUACUGGAAAUGCUACGUUAUUAACACAAGUUCAACAUUAUAUCAUCCGGUCGGAACGUCAAAAAUGGGACCGAAGUCAGAGGAUUCUGUUGUUGAUAACUUCUUGAAAGUCCACGGGGUCAAAGGAUUACGAGUUAUAGAUGCAAGUAUAAUGCCUUCAAUUACUGGUGGAAACACGAACGCUCCAACCAUAAUGAUUGGUGAAAUGGGUUCUGAUAUGAUCAAAAAUGAACAUCUACAAAAACAUUAAACUUAUCUUUUUCUGAUUGUGAUUUAGAGUUUUUUAAAUAACAAAUUAAUUUAUACUUCUUUUAAUAUAAAUAAUAAUAUUAAUAUGUAAA